AUGGAAACUGGACAUCCAACUUCGGACCCGGGAACAUUUACCACAUCGUUCUACAUCGAGAACAAGAAUGUGGGCAACAAGGCCGAGAGUGAAGACUGGAGGGUUCGUGGCUACAACCCGCUGACGCCGCCCGACCUCCUGCAACACGAAAUCCCCCAAACGGCCCAGUCGAAGCAAACCGUCCUGCAGGGACGCGAGGAAGCCGUCGCAAUCAUUAACGGGGUCGACGAGAAACAGCGUCUGCUUGUGGUUAUUGGACCGUGUUCGAUCCACGACCCCCAGGCUGCGCUCGAGUAUUGCGACCUGCUGCUGAAGGAGAAAGAAAAGCACAAAGAUGAGCUGUUGAUUGUGAUGCGCUCAUACCUUGAGAAGCCGCGCACAACGGUGGGAUGGAAGGGCCUGAUUAAUGACCCGGACAUUGACAACAGCUUCAAGAUCAACAAAGGGCUGCGAUUGAGCCGGCAACUCUUCGUCGAUCUCACCUCCAAGGGCAUGCCCAUCGCCAGCGAGAUGCUCGACACCAUCAGCCCCCAGUUCCUGGCUGAUCUGCUCAGCGUCGGGGCCGUCGGCGCCCGGACCACAGAGAGUCAGCUUCAUCGCGAACUGGCCAGCGGCCUGAGCUUCCCUGUUGGUUUCAAGAACGGCACAGACGGUAGCCUCACCGUCGCCGUCGACGCCAUUGGGGCCGUUAGACACCCGCAUCACUUCUUGUCAGUGACGAAGCCUGGCGUGGUUGCCAUAGUGGGGACAGUCGGCAACGAAGACUGCUUUGUGAUUCUGCGCGGGGGCACCAAGGGCACCAACUAUGACGCGCAGAGCAUUGCAGAGGCCAAGGCAGCGCUACAGAAGUCCGGACUCCGGCAGCGGCUCAUGGUGGACUGCAGCCACGGCAACUCGCUCAAGAACCACAAGAAUCAGCCCAAGGUUGCGGCGACGCUUGCCGAACAAAUCGAGAAGGGCGAGGAGGGAAUCAUGGGCGUCAUGAUUGAGAGCAACAUCAACGAGGGCAACCAGAAGGUCCCCAAGGAGGGUAAGGCGGGGCUCAAGUACGGUGUCAGCAUCACCGACGCCUGCAUCGGCUGGCAAGACACGGUCGAGGUUCUAGAUAUGCUCGCAAAGGCCGUAAAGAGGCGGAGGGAAGUGCUGAGCCAAAACGGGACCACUGAAACGGCCUAGACACAUGCCAGGCAGGCAGGCAAACUCUGCGAGGUCAUACUUAUUUUCUGUAAAUAUUUGAUAAACCAGCGUUCGUGGCCGAGGCAAUGUUUUAUUGAUUGAAUAGCUGCAAGCUGCAGGUUGAAGUGACGAGGGGAUCCUCAGUGGCGUAGAGGAUGGUGUCCGAAGCCAUUGGUCCAUUGACAUGAUUCAUCCUGGAGUCCACCGCAUUGGCGUUGAUAUGAUGGAUUCAAGUUCUUUUGCACAGAGGUUGUAGUCUGAGGAUGAAGUAGAGCUCCAGG